AUGGCGAAACUCAAGUUUGCUGGGACAUGGGGAGGCAUAAUAGAGGUAGAACUCGAGAACUGGACUCUAACCAUGUUGAGAGACGAAGUAGCUAAGCGAUCGGGUCUCGAUUCUGAAUCAAUCAAACUAAUUUGCGCCGGAAAAAUCCUCAAAGACAACGGCGAUGAUACUCAGACGCUUGCUCAGUUAGGUAUCAAGGAGAACUCGAAGAUCCUCUCGAGUCGUGGUGCAGCACCCGAAGAAGGCAAGUCUAUCAUGGCUGAGGAAGAAAGGGCAAGACGUCUCUCCCGUGUCAAGUGA